GUUCAUUGAACGUGUAUAAAAUUUACAGAUAAUAUCCAUUUACAAAUGAUUUGAUGCAUUUAAUUCAUAUAAAUGCCAAAUGCAGCAGCUCCAUUUCCACAUUUGUAUUAAUUACCAGAGCACUGCCAUAAUUUUCCAGAACUUCCUUGCCUAUACAUACACCAUAACCAUAUACAUAUGUCUAAUUAAUCUAUUUAUACGUUCUCUCUCCCACAUCUCUUAAUGCACAUUAAUUUCUCAUUUUAAUUGAUUUUGAGAGAGAUAAAUUAGUAAUGCUGCCUUUCCUCCUACUCCUUUUGCUCAACAUGGGAACUUCGCAGGGGCAGCUUCAAGUCGGGUUCUACGCAAAGAGCUGCCCCAACGUGGAGGCCAUAGUUGGAGGCGUAGUCCGUGAUGCCGCCGCCUCCGACCAGAACACCGCCGCCGUGCUGCUCCGCCUCCACUUCCACGACUGCUUUGUUGAGGGCUGCGAUGGGUCGAUCCUGAUCGAUAACGGGGAUGAGAGGGACGAGAAGAAUGCAUUCGGGCAUCAAGGGGUGAGAGGGUUUGAUAUUGUGGAGAGGGCCAAGGCCGAGCUCGAGGCCUUGUGCCCGAGAACAGUGUCUUGCGCAGACAUUGUUGCCUUGGCUGCGAGAGAAGCACUACUUUUGGCGAAAGGGAGUUCGUAUGAGGUGGAAAUGGGGAGGAGAGAUGGGGUGGUUUCGAAUGUGGAUUCAGCAGAUAAUAUGCCUGAUGUUAGUGAUUCUGUUGAGACUCUCAAAACCAAGUUUUUGCAGAAAGGCCUCACUCACAAGGAUCUUGUUCUUCUUACUGCUGCACAUUCAAUUGGCACAACAGCAUGUUUCUUCAUGAACAACAGACUCUACAACUUUCCGGCCGAUGGGGGUUCUGAUCCAUCGAUAAGCCCGGCCUUCUUGCCGGAGCUACAGUCCACGUGUCCGAAAAACGGAGACAUCAACGUAAGGCUUCCAAUCGACAGGGGAAGUGAGCAAGUAUUUGGCAGCCAAAUAUUGCAAAAUAUUAGGAAAGGCUUUGCCGUGCUGCAGUCCGAUGCGGCCCUCUAUCAAGACGAGUCGACUAAGGCCGUCGUCGACUCGUAUUUUGCGGACUUGUUCAGGCCGUCGUUCGAGGCGGAUUUUGCUGACUCGAUGGUCAGGAUGGGCAGGAUUGGAGUCCUCACUGGGCUGCAGGGCACCAUCAGGCAGAGUUGUGCCUCUUUCGAUUGAUCGAUGAAUUUUUCUAGCAUGUAAUUGGUGUCUCAUUUCAUUUUUACUAUAUAAUAUGAAAAAAGUUUGUUUUUGUAUGAUUUGAAAUAUGACAUAAAUUGUGGAUUAGUGAAUUUCGUCAGCUUGUAUA